GAAAAUAUGUGAAUAAAAACAUAUUCGUUAGAUAAAACAACAGCUUUGCAUGUUUUAGGAAUUAUAAUAAAGCUAAAACAGUUGUUCUUGUAAUUUUCAUACCUGCAAGUGUCUAGUAGUACAGAGACGUGUUUGCGAACAGGUGGAAAUAACAAGUUUGGAUCACACAUGUAUGCUUCACUAAGGUCUUAAAUAUUCACAAGUAAUUUAUACAAACAAAAAUAGCAAUUACGAUGCAAAAUAAUGAAGUGUUUACGUAAAAACUUCUCAACAUUCUAAAAACACAGUGCCCCGUGCGCCAUGAUUGCAUUUUGGGUUGUCAAUGUCCGGUGUUGUCAGAUUAAAUAAUUAUAAUGGCGGUACACUUAUUAUGCGUUCAGGUAUUUUCAAUUUCCCUUAAUUAUUUUAUAUGAUGAUAAAGUUUUAAUAUUAGUCAAUAGAUUUAUUAUCUAUACUUAAAUAAUAAAGAUUAUCUAUACUAAUAUAAGAAAAUGUCAUAAUAAAAAUCCUAUUUAAACAGAAAUUUAAAAAAAUAUAAACAAACAAGCAAACAGGACUUGUAGGUGUGGUAGGUUUUUAAAAGUUUAUAUCUUCAAAACUACUGAACAAAUUUUUAAGAAGUUUGCAGUAUUUCUUAUUAUUGAUAACCUCCUUUUUUAAAAACAAUGAACCAUAAAUAUUUAUUUAAGAUUUCUUCAUAAAUCUAUAUGGGUUUCUAAACACGUGUUUAUUAUGUAUAUCAUUUCGUAUUUACGAGUAAUACAAAUUUUGUAAACUAUUUUUCAACUUAAGGAACAUAAGAAAAAAGUUAUUGAAAUACUCAAGAAACGAACUGCUUAGGUUAGGUUAGAACUGUGACCUCCAAUAUACCAAACUGCUUCCAGAAUAGUGGAUUAGAUUAGGUUAGAUAAAACUGCUGAAAAAGGUUAGAACUGCUACUAUAAUAAAAAUGUUUAUCUAGUAAAUAUAACUAUGUUUAAAUACAGAUGAAUGUGACCAUUUAUUAUAAUUUAGAAAUAAUAUGGAUCGGUAAAACUACUGUCACUAAAAUAUAAAAGUAAAUAAAAUAAAACUAAACCGACGUCAAUAAAAUCGUAAUAAAAAGAAACAAAUGAAUAGAGUAAUAAUACCCCAAAUUUUUGUCUUCCAUAAAAUCGAAUUACAAAUGGUGGUUUUUUGAGUUCCGUGCCAGGUAUUUAUAAAAAAAAAUCAUCGGGUGUAAGAGAAAAAUGGAUACUCUAAGAUUAAUUUUAUUCUAAGGAUAUGCUUAUAUUUUCCAAAUAAAAAUAAUUUUCUAAAAUUUUAAUUUUAAGGUCGAGUGCUUGUUAAAAACAGAAACAUACAUAUAUUUCAUUUUAAAUAUGCAAAAAAUACGUAGAAAAAUGGGUUGUGAUAUUUUAAUCUAAAGUACUAAAAAAAAAAUGCAUUUGUUUUUUUUUUCUGUGACUAAAAACUAGAUACGUAUUUAUAUGGGAACGUAAGCGGAGGUAUAAGAGUGCCUUCAUUAAGAUACAUUUUCUUUUAGUGCUGUUAUACUUCUUAUUUAUAACAUGGCUGGCGUAUGAAAAAUACCAAUAUUUUGUUUUAGUUUGUAUGUAUGUAUACAUCUAUUUUAGGAUCUAUCCGAAAUAACAAAAGUUCGAUCACUUCUAACAUCAAAUGAAAUAUUUUUUUACCGAGCAAGUAGAACGUCUCUAUAUUUGACAGAUUGUCAAAACUGCAAAUGGUUGAUGGACUUGUGAUGUGCUUUUUUGUAGAUGAAUUUUUCAUAAAAUAACAUUUUAUAUUAGAAAAAAACCAAUAUAGCAGUGUGAUCAAUUUAGUAUUUAUACUUUGUUAAGCUAAAAUCUUCCAUUGUUGGAUCCGAAAAAUCAUUCACUUAAAGUCGAAUAUUGAGCCUGUGGUUCUUCAUUAAAAACUAGAAAAAAAAAAUAACAAUUGCCUCUUAGUAAUUAUACUUAGUGUUUGCGACAAUGACGACUUCUUCCGAAGAUGUUUUGCUCAGCGUGAGCCAUGUGAGGUUUAAAAAAGGUGAUGGUACUUUGUAUGUGAUGAAUCAAAGACUUGCUUGGAUGUUAGAGAAUCGAGACACUGUUGCAGUUUCGCACAAGUACGCAGACAUCAAAACUCAAAAGAUAUCACCAGCAGGAAAACCGAAAGUUCAACUUCAAGUGGUCCUUCAUGAUGGCACAUGUUCUACAUUUCAUUUUGUGAACCCAGCAGGGGCUGAAGCACAAGCAAAGGAUCGGGAUCAAGUGAAACUGUUGCUUCAAGAUUUGUUGCCAAAAUUUAAGAGACAGAUAGAUGAUGAUUUGGCCACUCAUCAAUGGUGGCAUGAAUCUUUUCUAGCAGAAUUUUCUGUGAGCAGAAGGGUUCACUUCAGUGACUCCAAAUUUGGAUUAUUGUCUCUACAUCCUAACUUAAAGCAUUUAUAUGAAGAUUUGGUAAUAUCAAAAGUAAUAAACAGUGAAGAAUAUUGGAAUACUCCAACAUUGAAACAAUAUACUGAAUCAAAUAAUAUAAAACAAGAAGCUGGUGUGUCUGGAGCAUUCUUAGCAGAUAUUCAGCCUCAAACAGAUGGCUGUAACGGUCUAAAGUACAAUCUUACACAGGACAUAAUAGAUGCCAUAUUCAAAACAUAUCCAGCUGUUAGGAAGAAACACAGUGACUAUGUUCCCAACAAGAUGACAGAAGCAGAAUUUUGGACAAAAUUUUUCCAGUCACACUAUUUCCAUAGGGACCGUAUCGCAUCGUCAUCUAGCAAAGAUCUGUUUGGUGAAUGUGCGAAAAUGGACGAUAAUGCAAUAGCUUCGGCUAUGAAACAUACUACUUUAGAUCUCACGGUGGACCUGCCGCUGUUCAGCGAGGGCGGCGCGCUGGAGGAGGAGGAGCCGCGCGACCACGCCUCCAUACACCGCAACAUGAUCAAGCGGUUCAACCAACACUCCAUCAUGGUGCUCAAAGCUAGUCAUAAAACAAAUUCUAGUAGUAGUAGUAGUAGUAGUAGCAAUAAAACAACAAACAACAAUAAAGUGGUAGAGAACGGAGUGAAAGAAACGAACGGCUCAGAGAAGAGACCGGCCGAAGACAACAAGGAGGGGCCGCCGGAGAAGAGACGGAGAAUAUUAGAGAAGAUACACUACGAAGAUCUAGAAGCCGGCGCCGACAAUUCCGAGACGCAAGAAUUAAAGUUGUCGAAGAGUGGCGGCAUCUGUAAGUAA